AUGGAACAUAAAUUUUCCAAACACAUUCACAUUUUUCAAAAAAAGUGGUCUCAAGUGAUCAUGUCCUCCAUGCUCUUCUCUCUGACCUCUCUGGUUGAGAGAAAGAAGCCUCAAGAAACCACAGAUGAAUUGGCCAUUGUGAAAGCAGCUGCAUGGGCAUGGUAUCAACAUGGUUCAGGGUCUAAACCAAAGGCCAAGAGUGAGUUUCAUGUCACAAGAUCUCAAAGUGUAGCAAGGCCUUCACGUUACAAGUUAGAAGCUAUGAGAAUGGCUAAGGAAGCACCAUCAAUUCUCACCAUUAAACCUCUUCUUGACUCUUAUGAAGUUCAGUGCAUUUCAAAGCAAUUGGAUAGGCUGAUAAAAGGGUCUGACCACAACAACAUUGGCAAUGGCUACAACAAUGCAGAUAACAGUGGUGGUAAGGAUACUGGUAACAGAAGGAUGAAGAAUAAGAAGAGGAUCACUAAAGGGGGUAAUGUGGUGGGUGGCACUGCUUUAUCAGUGAAAUGUGUACCUGUUGUUGAUCUGGCUAAGUGUUUGCCAAAGGCAAAUCAUGCUUUGUGA